AAUAUACACGGAUCCUAGUAGAAAUGAGAGAAAUAUUUGUUAUUUUAUUGGCAAUGCAAUUUGCAACUGUUUACUUUGCACGAGAGCCUGAGUGUUCCAGGUUUCAUUACGAGGAAAAACUGUUAGAGAAAGUAAUCAGAUCAGAAAUUAAGAUGGACGCGUUUGAUGAAUCAUUGAAGAAGACAACUGGCUAUAUGGAAGAAAAUAUUCAGAAGAUAACAGGCCUGACAAACAAAAUGCAAGAGCUGCAGACUGAAAUAGAAUCACUCAAAUCAGUCGAAGUCGUGAGCAGUGGUAUAUACACACGAUGGGGUCGGCGGUCAUGCCAUGGAACAACGGAAUUGGUGUACGAAGGGUUUGCUGGCGGUGGCUGGUUUGAUAAAAAAGGAGCCAGCAGCAACUACAUUUGUCUGCCAAAGGACCCUAUCUUUGACGGCGAUGGACGAAAAGCGAGUUCCAUAAGCACGGUUUAUGGUGCUGAGUAUGAAACCGGGUCUGCAACGUUUCACACGAAUUUAUAUGAAGAAGACGUUCCGUGUGCCGUUUGCCGCGUAAUAGGAAGAAGCGUCGUCAUGAUCCCAGCAAGGAAUGCCUGUUACAGCGGAUGGCAUACAGAGUACUCUGGCUAUUUGAUGUCGUCUUGUCACGGCCAUGAAGGGAACAAGGAACUCGUUUGCAUGGACGGAAACCCUGAAAAGGCGGAAGGAAGUGAUAGUGGAAACCAGAAUGGUGCGCUGUUUUACUUUGCUCAAGCUGUUUGUGGCUCGUUAAAGUGUCCUCCAUAUAGCGAGAACAAGGCGUUAACCUGUGUGGUGUGUUCUAAAUAGGACUUUACUUACAAAGAAAUUAACACACUUCAUUUGAAAAAUUGUAUACGUGUGCGACUGUUACGUCAAUUAAAGCGCCAUUAUUUUAGGUUUGUUAUAGUA